CAGAAUCCCAACUUUCAAUGCGCUGCAGCCCGUGGGGUGCCCUCCAGGCCGCAAGCUUAGAAGCACUCGCUGAAAAGCACUCGCUGAAAACCCAUUCCACGAGUCCAUAGAUAUUCUUGUAGCAUUGCCAGUGCCAGUUUUCCAUGUCCCAGUCGAGUAGCUAGCACCCGUGCUCACUGACCCGGACAAACAGAAUACCUAUCCGAGUAUUCUCUCCAUCGUCACAGCCGCAGUUGCAAACUCCCAAGAUGAAGCGAAAGGAAGCGCCUGAUCUUGGCGACACCACCAAGCCCCCCAAGCGCAAGCGAAACAUCGUCGUCGAGGCUCCCACUUCCGAAGAGGUACACAGCUCGCGGCAACUACGGCAACUCCUCACCUUCGAACAAGAUCUUCGCAAAGCAAGACAUGGGCUCCAGUCCUUCAAGGACCUGCUCGACGGCGUCCUCAACGAACAUGGCACCAAGGACCCCUACAAACUCGAGAUUGUCACUCAGUAUCUCGAGCUCACCAAGCCGAGAGACGUCCAGGACGAACCACCAGUCUACCUAUCCGACAUCAUGGAGAUGUGGAGCAUGGCCUCUCAAAUGGCCAACGAGAACGUCAUGUCGGCUGUCGCUGUCGUCCUCGCUCUUCUCUUGAAGCUCAUUGCCUCGGAUGUCGAUUUGGUCGAAUAUGGGCUAGGCAUUGGUCGCACUCUUCUUCAGAAGCGCCAGCAGGAGCUGCUGGCCAAGAAUCUUUCCGCAGACAAGGGCAAGGAUUUCAUAAUCUCGCCCACUCUGAGGUUGAUCAGAGAAGUUGUUUGUAUGGACGGCGGUGCAUUGGCCGUCUCGGCUUUCAGGGCCAGAAAUUACACCUACAAAUCCCUGGCCAGGAACAUGGGCUUGCGCUUCCUCGGCGAAGGCAUCGAGGACCUCAAGAGGCCAAGUGUCAGAACAAACGCUGUUAGAGUCCUGCUUGCCAGUCUGAAAUUCCUCCAUGCGGAAGCGAAGCGAGACCUCCUGUCCCAGAGGGAUGUUGUGGCCGCCUUGAUGAGAGGCAUCAAGGAAGACCCCCCCUCCCUGAUUUUCGAGAUCUUGAACACCUUGAAGACCUCUGUUGUGCUCGACCAGAAGCUCUCGAAAGAAGCCAAAAUCAGGAUACUCAACGCUCAGUCCUUGAUUCGCAUCGCUUCGUUAUACACAUACCAUCAUAGUCAGAUCUCCGAUGACAAUGAGCAGUCGGUAGAAGAGGCAGCUCAUCAGUUCCUUCUGGCAGCUUGCACGACUGCAAGCUCCGGCAUUCUCCGCACUCAGAACGGGUUUUAUCCGGAAGGCGUCGAUGCAAAUAUUGCAGCCACUUCAGAGUCCAAUGACGAUGAUAACGGUUUGGCGAGCAUUCCUUGGAUGGACAAGUUUAGUGAAGAAGUUCCCGUGCGCAAUCUUUUGCUUUCAGAGUUCAUCUUGACACUCAAGCCGUGGUCGAGCUUGAAGCAGAAUGAGUUGCUUGUUGCCAUAUUCAAGGCAUGCCCUGAAUUGGUCGCCAACUACUUCGUGAACAAGAGGACUUUUAACUUCGACCCGACGCUCUCAGCGACUUGGAUAGGCUACUCGACAUUGCUCUUCAACACUAUCCGAUUAGACAUCCCGCCAUUUUUAGGCCAUUCGAAGAGGUUCGCAAGGAUACCACCCCCGACCGCUACUGCUCUUUGCAAUAUUCUGCCGCUCCCGCUUGAUCUCAAAGCUAUAACGAAAUGCUUAAACCACAAGUCCAAGCUUAUCUCAUUCUUUGCGAUACGUCUGCUUGUGAUUGCACUGGAAAAGUUGGCGGAUGUCCUGGAGAUUUACAAGAAAGCUGCCAAGGCGUCUGAUAACCUGUGGCACGAUGCUGCUCGUAGGCUUGUCGACGAAUUUUGUAAGAGAGUACCUAGUCUCAAGGAUGUCGUAACUGCAUACAAAGGCCUGUCGGAUGAUGAUCUUCUACAGCGAGAUGCUGCCAGUCGGUUGCUGGUCUUGUAUCAUGAAGCAAUCCCCCAGAUAGCUCUUGCGGCGAAAUAUGACUUUUCACCUAUGCUCUCGGCCGCCAUCAAAAGAUUUGAGGAUGGUGCGGUGGAAGAACAGGCGCCCAUGCGGCUGUUGGAGCUUGAAAAUCUCUUCACAACGGCAAAGUAUUCACCGGGUAUGAAAUGGUUCGCCAAAAGCAAAGACUCCCCAGUGUCACCGUUUGUAACUCUCUUGAAGCUGUAUGUGGAAAACACCAAGGGACUCACGGCAGCGACAGUCACAAAGGUCCUUCGGUUUGUAGCCGAGGAGCACGAACUAAUCUCACGAGAUUCGCCAAAGUCGGGUCUACAACCUCUGCUGUCCGCUUUGCGAGGUUGUGACGGACUGCAAAAAGAGAUCUGGUUAUUCCUGGAUAAUUGCGCAGAACGGUGUGCAAGAUCGCCCAUCAAGUACCUGGAAAUGAUAUACGAGCUGCCCGCAGUGAACAGCGACCCGGCUGAUGAUGGAGCCGAUGAGGUUUUAAGUCCUCUGAUAACCGUUAUUGCCGAGCAACUGCCUUUCUUCGUAAAGCCAACGACGGAGAAGGUGUUGCUGACUAGGAUGGCUCAGUUGUUGUCGAGCUACCUGGCCCAGCUGCAAGCGGCAGGGGUUAGGAAAUCACUGCUUCAAGCAGUUUUGACCAAACUAGCUCUAGCCUUCGGUGAUUCCAAGGCUCGAAAACACUUAUUAAUUCCGGAACAAACAGUCUCUCCAGAACCAAUGGAUAUCGAUGGAGCCAGUCCUCAGGGAAACAGCGACAGCUUGAAUGACGACAACACUCAGAUAAGCCAGGAACAAUUAGAGGAGACGCUUUCUGUACCAAUCACAGUAAGCAAGGAUAACAGCGCAUUGGUUAAAUGGGCUACCAAGUCAGCAGAAGAACUCGUUGAAGAAGGUUAUGCUGCUUCGGUGGUAUGGCUUCUUUCGUCCGAGCAUCGCAGUAUUCGAAAAGAAGCCCUUACGAGCAUUGUCAAGAUCGCGGCAAAGGUCAAAGAAUCAGCCUAUGAGGAGAAUGCGCAAGUCUGGCUUUUGUUAUCAGAACUCAUUGAGACUGUGCGACAGAACAGAGAUGCUACCGUUCCUAACACGAUUCUGGCUUUCGUCUGUCGAGCACUCGACAUCAUUAGGAACCCUACACACAGCCUCUAUCCGAAGAUCAACACCUUCCUCACCCGUGGCCCUAGCUGGGAUCUGGACAAGCUUCCAUUGGUACAGGAUAUAGUACAAGAGCAGCCAACUGAGGAUGGCGCCUAUUAUACCGAAAUUAGCUGGCUGCUUUCCUACUUGCUCGACAGCAUCCGGACCGCUGAGGAUGUAGGACUACUGCACAAGCGAAAAGUGUUCGAGCGGGUAUUUGCACUUUACUGCAACCCCUAUAUGGGCCCGAACUUGCGUAGCCAAAUCUUAAGGAUACUGUACCGAACUAGCACCAUGUCUGGAGGUAGCGACACCUUGCUAACUCGAUUCGGGGCCGCCAGCUGGUUAGAACUUCAAAAAGCGACCAGCAGUAGUGACAAUGGAAUCUACCGAGCGCUGAUCAGCAGAUUAUGGAAUACCUGCGACCAGAAGAGGAUCGCAACUUGGAGUCGAGACUCGAUCCAAGCGUUGAUGGAAAAUCCAUGAGGGCAUAUGGAAAGGGAUUAAUGCAAUAGUCAAAGUAGACUAAUAGUGUAGAGGAUUUAUGUAUACCCCUGAAUAAGAUAUUCAACACACUUGGCACUUGCUCUUACAGAGCUGGCUAGGAAGUGCACGAAAAUCGAGCCUCUCCUGUCUUGCAGACAUGAGUGCCUAGAAUACCUGCCUAA